GUUGGUGGUUUUGGGGGUGGAUGUUGAAAGGCUCCGAUACGCACACGUUCACAGUGUAUCUCACACACGCACAUCCCUUGCGUUGUUUUCCGGGAUCACGCCACUGCUUCCACUUGGGAUCUACACAGCAGCAGCAGCAGCAGCGACAUGGCUGAUCAUCACCGGACGGGACGGUGCAGUUUGUGAGCGAAAGUUAACGCGAAAAAUGAAAUACAGCGGACCAGCUAUGUAGUCAUCCAAGCGACCGGACACUGCGACACACCGUACGGCGCUCCGAUGCAAAUUAUUUGAAGGAUUGGAGGCGAUCUGGUGUAUUUUUUUUGCAGCAAAGUAGUUGGAGGAACUUGUCGCAGUGGCUUCAUCCCAACGUGCUGCCUGGAUUACCAUACAGAAGUGGAACAAUAGUCUCCUGCAGCAGAAACACUAGCAGGCCUGAGGGCCCCAGUGGUGUGACUGAAAAGAUGGACAGGAUGAAGAUCAUCAAGCGGAGGCUGUCCAUGUCUCUACGCAGUGCUCGGCCCGUUGAUGACUCUCUGUCCGAACUUGCAGAACAGAUGGCCUUGGAUGAGGCAUCCACAGCCAGGGACAAUGAGCCCAUGGUGGUGUGCUCUGUACACCCUCCCGCCUCCCAUAGUGCUCCCUCCUUCCUGCGUCAAUAUGCUGGUCAUCUGGGCCGCACCGCCCUGCGCAGAGAGCCAGGUGGGGGGCUAGAACGAGACAGAGCCUUCCUGAGCCUGCACAGGACUGGAUCUCUGGGCAUUGUCCAUGAAAAUGUGAAGAUGGGUUCAGAUGGGGAGAGUGACCAAGCAUCCGGCACGUCCUCUGAUGAGGUUCAGAGUCCAGUGAGGGUCCGUAUGAGGAACAAUCACCAUCGGCGCAUCUCUAAUGAGGACAUAAACAAACGUUUGUCUCUCCCAGCUGAUAUCAGGCUACCAGAGGGCUACUUGGAGAAGUUUGCCAUGAACAGCCCGCCCUUUGACAAACCCAUGAGCCGCAGGCUACGGCGCGCAUCAUUGUCUGAGAUCGGCUUUGGGAAACUUGAAACCUACAUCAAACUGGACAAACUAGGAGAGGGGACCUAUGCGACAGUAUUUAAGGGGCGAAGUAAGUUAACAGAUAACUUGGUCGCCCUGAAAGAGAUCCGCCUAGAGCACGAGGAGGGCGCGCCCUGCACCGCUAUCCGAGAAGUGUCUCUACUGAAAGACUUGAAGCACGCCAAUAUUGUCACUCUCCAUGACAUUAUCCACACUGACAAGUGCCUAACACUCGUGUUUGAGUAUCUGGAAAAAGACCUGAAGCAAUAUAUGGACGACUGUGGGAGCAUCAUGAGCGUUCACAACGUUAAGAUCUUCUUAUUUCAGCUUUUAAGAGGUCUGGCGUACUGCCACAGGAGGAAGGUCCUCCAUAGAGACCUGAAACCCCAGAACCUGCUCAUCAAUGAAAAAGGAGAGCUCAAACUGGCAGACUUUGGUUUGGCUCGAGCUAAGUCGGUCCCUACGAAGACCUACUCAAAUGAAGUUGUGACAUUAUGGUACCGACCACCAGAUGUGCUGCUGGGCUCCACUGAGUACUCUACACCCAUUGACAUGUGGGGUGUGGGCUGCAUCUUCUAUGAAAUGAUAACAGGCAGACCUCUCUUCCCUGGAUCAACUGUAGAGGAUGAGCUUCAUCUCAUAUUUCGCAUCCUUGGUACUCCCACAGAAGAGACUUGGCCUGGUAUCACCACCAGUGAAGAGUUUAAGACAUACAAUUUUCCCCGCUACCACGCAGAGCCCCUUGUGAACCACGCACCCAGGAUAGACAAUGAAGGUCAUGACUUGCUCUCAAAACUCUUACAGUUUGAAGCAAAGAAGCGGAUAUUGGCUGAGGAUGCUCUCAAACACUCUUAUUUCAAAUGUCUUGGAGAACAGGUUCAGACUCUGGCUGACACUGCAUCCAUCUUCUCUGUAAAAGGGAUUCAACUCCAGAAAGAUCCCGGAAAGAGAUCCUCAGUCUACCCAGAGUCAUCCCAAGGGAAGAGCAGGAGGCAGAGUGUGCUGUUUUAGUGCCGGCGAUGAGAUGAGGAGGACAGUGACACGUGGAGCUUGUCUGUCAGACAUACAUCCACUGACCCUGCCGCCUACACACUGAAGGAGUGACACACACGCACCCUGCCACAUAAAUACAUACUGACAGGAAAAAAAAGACACACACAGACACACACACACUGCAAAAUGACAACAAACCCACACAAAACUAAGGCUGAAGAUUUCAUUCUUAAAAAUAAAGACUCAGCUCGAACCCAAACAUAAAAAAGAGAAAAAAAAUGUGUGUGAUGCUGGAAGAAAAGUCGGAGAGUAUAUGAAUCUCCUUGCUGCUGCUACUACUGCUGCCCAGUAUGGGGCAGUGUUCAGGAUGUGAGCUGGUUUUAAAACAGACCUUGCUGUUUGAGGACGAAGGAGUCUCGAAUGGACUUGAAUGAAAAGAAAGAGAAAGCUGGAACCCCGACUUUCUCUUCCAUGGUUUUUUCUUUCAGACUAUUGCUGUAUAUAAAGAGACUGAGCUGUAGAACUAGAAGCUUUUUCAUGCCGCACCUCAGCCUGAAUCCAAACUCUAAAUAUUGCACCUCAACUCUAAACCCUCGCCUGAUCUCUCAGCCCUUUAUUACAUAACCCUUAAAUGCAACCAGUCUCUGCUUUUCUGUCAUUGUCCGUCUUUCUCUUUUCUCUUAAAAACACACUCACGUGCUGAUGCUCACUUGAAAGUGUGUAGAUCUUUGGAGUUUACAGAGGUAGAUUUUUGCACCUUAUUGUUCAUUAGCGGUCCGGGUGGCUGUCAUUAUGAUACCUCAUCAAGUACACACCAGUGAUAUUGAAAUGAAGAAGACCCAAACAGAUAAACCAAAAAAACAACAAAAAAAACCAGUUUCACCACCCAUGGACAGAUAUAUUGCACAAAUCAUUACUGCAGUUAAAAACACUCAGCAAUCCACAUACUAGUAGUAGACAUGAAUUAUAUUUGUCACGUUCUUAUAUGCUGUAAAGAACACUACGCUACAAGAUGCUCCUGUUUCUAUACACGAGGAAGUUAUCGUUGAAGGACAGAGAGGUAAAAGUGUACAAAUCCUAACCUGCUUAUUAUUAGACACCUCCCUCCUCUUUUGCCUUGACUCAGAAGUUGUCCGGAUUUGUUGUCUGAUGUGCAGGUAUUAAUGUUGAGCUCUUCUACAAGAUGUGAUCAAAAAGUCCUGAGGACAUGUCCAUAAAAACCCAAAGAGGGCCAAUCUCGCGUUGGACCGCUUUCAGCGCAGUGCAGAGGUGCACAGGAAGCUGUCUCACCGGAAGCCCAGUUCUGUUAGCCCCAUACCUGUGCCUCCAUGAUUCAUGCCGGAUCUCCUUAAAGCGACGACCCUUCAUCCAUGGCGAUUGUGCUGGUUAGCAAGACGUGAUGGUACACUGGUAUGCACUGCAGUUCAGAUGGAUUCCCCAUCAGGCUCCUCAGGACGUUACAGUAGAACAUUACAAUAGGAAACUCCCAGUCUCACUCCUUCUCUGACAUGCUGCCUUCAGAACACUCCUUGGUAAAAGCUGAAGACCCGGGUCUCAUCAUCAGGGUUGAUCCUUUGCACAAAAUCCGUGUCAGUUUGAAACAGAAGUUUAUAUUUUCUAUUAGAAGUUUUUAGUCCAUGGUGCAAUCUCAGAGUGCACACUGUGUGGUCAGAACGAGACUUCAGUGGAGCGAUCAAAAAACAAGAGCUGCGAUGGAAGCUGAUUGCACAUGCCAUGACCUGUAUUGGUAGAUUUUAUUCUGGUAAGACAUUUGAUUUUUAUGCACAGGUUCUCAGAACAUUUUGAUCACACCUCGUAUUUGCACCCAAUUUUACCUCUUUAAAUCAUGAGUGGAUCAUCCAACAUCCCCACUUUUUCCAUCCCAACUCUAUGUAUUUUUUUAAGUUGUAUAUAUGAUCAUAUGUGUUACUUGUCAGAAGCAAAGAUAAUUCCAGGAUGCUGUUCUCAGUCUUUACAGUAGGUGACUGGCUGGGGACGUGUUGCACAUUCCUUGAGCUCAGGACUUAUUCCUUGUGUUGUUUUGUGGAUGCUGUGUUAGGUACAGAUGGUCUUGUAUGUUUCAUCCCUGAUAGAAGUGGCCUGAAACCCUUUGCAAAGCUGGCUUAAAUUGUAUGCAAGGUACAAUUUAUCAGCAGCAACCUGUCGAUUUCUGUCACUCGUUCUUUGUUUAUUUGACCCAGAUGUUAAUGUUAAGAGACUAACUUACCCAAGUCUAUUCUUGCCAUCUCUCUAAGCAUGUUUCUGUAUUGAACACCAGUGGUUUUAAUUGGUAUAUGAAAUAGCUGCUGCUGAAGAAGGAAUACCUCCUUUAAAUUUUGCAUGAGACAUUAUGACCUUAUCGCGUGAUCUCUACACCAAACACCACCUUACCAUCUGGAGACCGUACACGAAGACAGAAGUGUGAUGUGCAGGCAGCACUGGGACUAGAUAGUUUGAAUGACAAAUCUGACUCAUCCAAUACGUGUAUAAUACAGCAGAAACUGUCAUGUAGCGCGUCUAACUGGGCUGAGUAUUUAACAGGACUUGAAGCGCUCAGACACACUGUUGUUUCAUGCUGUUAUUAUUACAGGCUGCCAUAAAACAACAACAACAAAAGAAAAAUAGGACCAAAGUAAGUCCUCCAAGCACCAGGUGUUCAAGCACACAACUGUUUCACACACCCAAAUCUGCUGACAUGUUAACAUGUACUGUAUCUGUGAAAUGGCCUGUGAUUUUAGUUUGGAUUUUCCUGUACCUCGGGCACUGACAGGGUCAUUUCUGCAUCUUUCUUAAUUUUUUAUAAAACGGAUUCAGAAAAUGAUCACAUGUCAGUAACUGUCAGAAGGACUACUUAUUUUCCCAGAGUGUGACAGUAUGUAGCAUGUACAUAGAUGGUCCCCCACUCUGUAUAUACAAAAGUGUACAGGUUUGAUACAGCUAUUAACAUUCUGGCUUUUUUUGGGGGGGGGGGCUUUUCUUCAGUCAUAGCAAUAUUUCUGUAAUCAAUAAAGCCAUGGUACUAGGAUGGGUAUGAUUGCAUUUGUGUUUAUUUAGGAAGGCGUGAGAGACUGUGAAUGAUCAAACUGUGACAUAACUUAUCACAGGUUUAGUUGUUUUCUGUUCUACAUGCUGGAUCCAAAAGGCUGAAAUGAAGUAUCAUGUUGCAAAAUGAGUACAAGACACUGAUGAUUUUGAUUGAUUUUAUUUUAUGUUUUUCAAUCAAUGAAAGCCAUAAAGGUUAUAUAGAAGGACAGACCUUAAGAAGCAAAGAGGAUGUGCAUACCUAAUAAAAAAUUAAAAAUCAUGUAAUUAC